AUGAAUCCCGAUUACGAUUACCUCUUCAAGUUGCUUCUGAUUGGCGACUCUGGCGUUGGCAAGUCGUGCCUGCUGCUGCGUUUCUCCGAUGAUACCUACACUGAGUCAUACAUCAGCACCAUCGGUGUCGACUUCAAGAUUCGCACCAUUGAGCUGGACGGAAAAACGAUCAAGCUUCAGAUUUGGGACACCGCUGGCCAGGAGCGAUUCCGCACCAUUACCAGCAGUUACUACCGCGGUGCACACGGUAUUAUCGUCGUCUACGAUGUCACAGACGCCGAAACGUUCCACAAUGUGAAGCAAUGGCUGCACGAGAUUGACCGCUACGCCUGUGAUUCGGUCAACAAGCUUCUGGUGGGAAACAAGGCCGACUUGACGACGAAAAAGGUGGUCGAGUUUGCCACUGCAAAGGAGUUUGCGGAUAAUCUAGGCAUUCCAUUCAUUGAAACUUCUGCCAAGAACGCCACCAACGUCGAGCAGGCGUUCCUCAUGAUGGCCAGUGAGAUCAAGGCUCGUAUCGGCCCCUCAACCGCUGGCGCCAAGGAGCAGUCAGGUGCCACCAUCAACCCCGGACAGACGACCUCGAUCAACCAGCCGUCUCGCGGUUGCUGCUAA